UGAAUAGAUAAUGGAAGAAAGCAAAUCCAAGAUCCCAAGUGGAUAUUCGAUACAACAAGACUUUGAAGAAGAGGUGCAGAGAAAGCCGCUAUUACUAGACAGCUAUCAAGAUAAUAUGGGGAUUAAUGAGUCUACUGAGGAAGAUUCCUUCUUAGGAUCAGCGCAAGAGCCUAUGGAAUACGUUACAGCAGAACAACGAAUUCUGUACGAAGGGAUGUCUCCACAACAGAAAGCAGGCUUGGUUUCUAGAAUUCUGUUCUUUUGGAUCAACCCUCUGAUCUCAUAUUCGAAAAAGAAUAAAUUAGAUAAAGAAAUUAUUGGUAAACUUCCUGAGAGCCAAGCAACAGAGGUUAACUCUGCUCGGCUUCAGGAAAAAUGGGAGAAAUGGAGAAACAGCAAAGGCAAUACACUAUUUUGGGCCCUCAUACACUGAUACUGGAAGGAAUUCCUGUUUGCAAUCUUUCUGAACCUGAUUUCUGCAUGACUAGAUCUCUUCUCUCCAUUCUUUUUCAAAGAGAUCAUGACAUUUGUGCAAGAUGAUACAGGAGAGUAUCCACGAUCAAGAGCUAUAAUGUUCGUGUUUUUGACUUUUGCUACACAACUUAUUGGGAAAACUAUUUUUGAAAAUGCAAGAUUUUAUCAGCUCCAGCUAGGAGCAAGGGCUUCUCACUCACUCGGAUCGUUGGUUUAUACAAAAACUCUAAAAAUAUCUCCAGCAACAAGCAAGAAGUAUAAAAAGGGAGAUAUCGUGAAUUUCAUCCAAGUCGAUGCAAAGAAAUUCAUCUUUUUGGCAGAAUCUUUGCCUAGCGUGGCAAGACUUCCUCUUGUCCUGCUCUUUUCUAUCGGACUUCUAUUUUAUUACUUUAAGUAUAGCUUCUUUGCAGGGUUAUCUGUGCUCAUAGUAAUGAUUUUGAUUAAUUAUGGCCUUGCAAAACUCACUUUCAGAUUCCAGAAUAUUGUCAUGAAGAAAUUAGACAAACGAAUGAACAUCAUGAGUGAAUGUUUAGAUAAUAUCCAACUUAUCAAGCUUAAUGCCUGGGGUGAGAAAUUUACUGAGAAAAUUAACGAAGCAAGGUUUGAAGAGAUCUAUGCACUUUCAUGGAGAUUCUUCAUGUCAGUAUUAAAUGCCUUCUUUAUCAAUGGAACUUAUCCAAUCCUCGCUCUUGUCUCAUUCACAGCAGCUAUUUUUGGAGCAGGUUUUGAGAUCUCAAUUCCAGUUGCUGUUGCUUCGAUUCAAUCAAUGAAUUUGUUAAAAAGUGGAGCUAGAUGGCUGCCCUUUUUCUUCGGAAUGCUGAUAGAAUUCCUAGUGUCGAUGAAGAGGAUCCAAAGCUUCCUGCUAUCAGAUGAGAUUGAUCUCAAGACCAUUCAAGAUUCCCCAGAGCCUGCUUCAGAAGCGCUCAUAAUCCAGAAAGCCAACUUCUCAUGGGGUUUUAAAGAGGAGAAAAAGGUAGAGAAAUCUAGUGAAGAAGAAUCAGAAAAGAAUGGAGAUUCAUCCCAAGCCAGCCUUUUGGAAGAAUUUAAGUCUGAAGUUAGCACCGAGUACAAGAUUUCAGACACUGUUAUUCUAAAAGAUCUUGAUAUUUCAAUUAAACAAGGAGAAUUUGUAGCUAUAAUAGGGGAGGUAGGCUCAGGCAAGACUUCACUGAUUCAUUCCAUCAUUGGUGAUAUGGUUAAUAUCGACCAAUUUACUCUAGAGAAAUAUCAAGAUGAGUAUGCCCAGUCCCCAGAGGAUUCAACACUGAACCAAGAGCUUAUAGAUAGAUUUAACAAAUCUCUUGAGGCUAAUAAAGACCAAGUCUAUAGGGAUCCUCCUAUAAAGAUUAAUGGAAAGAUCUCUCUCAUCGAGCAGAAACCUUGGAUUCAGAACAAAACCAUUCGGGAUAACAUUCUAUUUGGAGAAACUUUGGUUAUGGAAAAAUAUAACGAAACCAUUGAGUACAGCCAACUUGGGAGAGACCUCUCAAUUCUUGAAGGAGGUGACCUUACAGAAAUCGGGGAGAAAGGAAUCAACCUCAGUGGUGGUCAAAAGGCACGGAUCAGCAUCGCUAGGGCUAUAUACUCAGAUUUUGAUAUUGUUUUAAUGGAUGAUCCUCUUUCAGCACUAGAUGCACACGUGAAGCAUAAAAUUUUCAAACACUUGCUCACUGAGAAGCUGAAGGAUAGGACAAGAAUCAUGGUAACCCAUGCGAUAGACUUCUUGGAUAAAGUAGACAGAAUCAUAGUUAUGGAUAAAGGAGAAGUCAUCUUUGAUGGCUCUUUCGAAGAAAUCAAGUCAAAUGAGUACUUUAAUGUCAUCCUAUCUCACAUGGAUAAGGAUGAAUCAGAAGGAGAAGGAAGCUCUGAAGAUGAUAAAGAUGAUGGAAAUAGUGAGCUCCAGUGAACUAAAAACUAUCUAAGCGAGAAAGGAUCUACCAUCACAACUAAUGAGAAUGAAGAAGAAGUCAAUGUAGAAUGGGCCACAUAUCUUCGAUACUUUCUGUAUAAUAAAGUUACAGCUAUGCUCAUUAUUGUUGGAGCAAUAAUGCUGAUCAUUGCUCAAAGUUCCACAGUUGCAUUUGAUGUAACUUUACUAAAAUGGCUAAAUUACAUCACUGAGGAAGGGAAGAAUAACACGAAAAUGUUUAUCUUGAUUCUUGUGUUUAUUGGCAUUUUCAUAACCUUCUUCAUCAUAGCAGUGCAUCUAAUCUUUGUUUCAUCUCUGAAAUUGUCAAAAACACUGUUUAAAAACAUGAAUCAAAGUAUUUUUAACGCGCCAAUAAAUUUGUACUUUGAUAAAACUCCUACUGGAGUUAUUCUGAAUAGAUUUUCCAAAGAUCUCAACGUUGUUGACAAUGCUAUACCUUAUGCAGUGAGAUAUGUAAUAUGGAGCUCCCUCCUAGUCCUCUCAGCUAUCGCUGUAGCUGUCUAUAACGUGGUAUGGGUCCUAAUAGCAAUUCCCUUCAUGUUUUUGAUAAUUUAUUGGCUGUUCAAGUCAUAUAUAAAAGCUCUGAAAGAGGUCGCAAGAGUCGAGAGCAUUACUAACAGUCCUGUACUUACUCACUUAGGAGAAAGUAUGCUAGGAUCUUCCACUAUCAGAGCUUUUAAGAAAACCCAAAUGUUUAGAAAGAACCAAUUCACUCUACAAGAUUUUAACCUGAGUUCUAUGAUCAUGAGCAAGGCUGUGAAGAGUUGGUUUAACAUCAGGUUGCAUAUGAUUCAGCAAUUUCUUACAUUAGGAUCAACAUUUUAUUGAGUAAUGUUUAAAGACUCACUUGAUCCUGUCAUUAUCGCUAUUAUGAUGGUGUACUUGAUCAUGAUCCAGCUCAACCUCACAUUGUUGUUCCAAAUGACUUCCAACAUGGAGGAACACAUGGUGUCCUUUACCAGAUGUUUGAACAUCUGAGGGAUCCCUCAGGAGGCAACCCAAAGGAAAGUCAUUCCUUGUGAUGCAGAUGGGAAUCCUUGGAUUAGCAAAGGCAGUAUCACUUUCAAGGAUUACUGCGUGAGAUAUAGACCAGAGACUGAGCUCGUUCUUCAAGACAUCAAUCUUGAAAUCCAAUCUGGUGAGAAGAUCGGGGUGGUCGGCAGAACAGGAGCUGGAAAAAGCACACUUUGUAUUGCUAUUUGCCGGAUUAUCGAAAAAUAUUCAGGAAGCAUCCUUAUUGAUGGAGUCGAUAUUUCCAAAGUUGGCCUAGCAGAUCUCAGAAGCCGGAUCACAGUGAUUCCUCAAGAGUCUACUUUAUUCAAAGGAACUCUAAGGUUUAACCUUGAUCCGGAUGGCAAAAGCUCAGAAGAAGAAAUCAUGAGGCUUCUUGAUAAAGCUGGUCUAAUCGACCUUAUCAUGCGCGAUGGUAAAGGCCUGGAUUUUGAAAUCGAAAGUAAGGGUGAUAACCUCAGUUCUGGUGAGAAACAACUAAUCUGUAUCUGUCGUGCUAUUCUUAGAAAAAACAGAAUAGUUAUCAUGGAUGAAGCCACAGCUAAUAUAGAUAUCAUGACUGAAACUAUUGUCCAAUCCUUGAUUAAAGAGGAAUUUACAGACUCAACUGUGAUCACAGUUGCACACAGACUCAAUACAGUCCUUAAUAGUGACAAGAUUCUCGUGCUCGGCUUUGGAAAAGUCCUUGAGUAUGAUACUCCAGAGAGGCUUAGAAAUGAUGAAACUUCUGAGUUUUACUCUCUUCUGAACGAAUUCAAGCAAUAGGAAAA